GCUGGACCGGGCUGGACAUCCUACUGGGCUCCUGGCUAUCUAACCACCAAACCACUGCCCCCCUUUCGCAGAUUGAUUCUAUUAUCACUGUCCAACCCAUUCUGACGGAGCCAUAAGUUGCCUAAAAAGCGGCGUCUGCCUACAGACAAGUAUGUAUCCAAGUGGAGGGAUAUCUGCAACCAUACACGCCAACAGGCUGCGGGCAGAAGGCAUGGGCUCCAAGGAGCAGGCUUUGCACUUCUCCAACCAGGACUACGAGGCCCUGAAGCAGGAAUGUUUGGACUCCGGCUGCCUGUUUGAAGACCCCUGUUUCCCCGCUGAGCCUCCAUCCCUGGGCUUCAAGGAGCUCGCCCCCUAUUCCUCCAAAACUAGGGAUGUGGAGUGGAAGAGGCCUACAGAACUGACGGAUGACCCUCAGUUCAUUGUUGGUGGUGCCACCAGAACGGACAUCUGUCAGGGAGCCCUGGGUGACUGCUGGCUCUUGGCAGCCAUCGCCUCUCUCACCCUGAAUGAGAGGCUUCUUCAUCGGGUUGUCCCACAUGGGCAGUCCUUCCAAGAUGACUAUGCUGGAAUCUUCCACUUUCAGUUCUGGCAGUUUGGCGAAUGGGUAGAUGUCGUGAUAGAUGACAGACUGCCUGUCAAAGAUGGGGAGAUCAUGUUUGUCCAUUCUGCUGAGGGCAAUGAAUUCUGGAGUGCACUCCUGGAGAAGGCUUAUGCCAAGUUGAAUGGCUCUUAUGAGGCUCUGUCCGGAGGGAGCACCACUGAAGGCUUUGAGGACUUCACAGGGGGUGUGUCUGAGAUGUACGAGCUCCGCAAGGCACCCAAAGAUCUCCACAGGAUAAUUGGCAAAGCCCUGGACAGAGGCUCUCUGCUGGGUUGCUCUAUCGAUAUCACCAGUGCCUUCGACAUGGAGGCUGUUACAUUCAAGAAGCUUGUGAAGGGCCACGCGUACUCAGUCACUGGACUGAAAGAGGUUGAUUUCCGCGGCAACAUGGAACGCCUAAUCCGAAUACGUAACCCUUGGGGACAGGUGGAGUGGACUGGUGCCUGGAGUGAUAAUUCCCCCGAAUGGGAUGAGGUUGACCCUUCUGAACGAGAAGACCUGCAUCUUCAGAUGGAAGACGGGGAGUUUUGGAUGUCGUUCAGUGAAUUCAAGAGGCAGUUUUCUCGGCUAGAGAUCUGUAACUUGACUCCUGAUGCUCUAAGUGAAGACAGUCUCGGCCAUUGGAACACCAUGAAGUUCUACGGCGCGUGGAGGAGAGGCAGCACCGCUGGAGGCUGCAGGAACCACCCCAACACAUUUUGGAUCAACCCCCAGUACAAGAUCACGUUGCUGGAGGAGGAUGAUGACCCAGAGGACGAUGAGGUGGCGUGCAGUUUUUUAGUAGCUCUCAUGCAGAAGGACCGCCGCAGGUAUCGGCGCCAUGGUCAGGACAUGCACACCAUUGGCUUUGCUCUUUAUGAGAUUCCAGAAGAGUACAGAGGCUGCCAGAAUGUCCAUUUGAAGAAAGAUUUCUUUUUGAAACAUUCAUCGUGCGCUCGCUCUGAGACCUUCAUCAACCUGCGAGAGGUGAGCACACGGCUUCGUCUGCCCCCCGGAGAGUACCUCGUCGUCCCCUCCACCUUUGAACCCAGUAAGGAGGCUGACUUUGUCCUGAGAGUCUUCACUGAGAAGCAAUCAGAAACAGAAGAACUGGAUGAAGAAAUCUCUGCCGAUUUAGGAGAUGAUGAUGAAAUAACUGAAGACGACAUUGAUGACUCUUUUAAGUCCAUGUUCGCCCAGCUAGCAGGAGAGGACAUGGAGAUUUCUAUUCAGGAGCUUCGGACCAUUCUAAACCGAGUCCUCUCCCGCCACAAAGAUCUGAAGACUGAUGGCUUCAGUGUGGAAUCAUGCAGGACCAUGGUCAACCUGAUGGAUAAAGAUGGUAGUGCCCGUUUAGGGCUGGUGGAGUUUCAGAUUCUCUGGAACAAGAUCCGAAAGUGGCUGGUAAUUUUUAGGGAUUUUGACCUCGACAAGUCAGGGGCCAUGAGCUCAUAUGAGAUGCGUCUUGCUGUGGAGGCAGCAGGUUUUAAAUUGAAUAACAGACUGAACCAGAUUCUGGUAGCCCGGUAUGCAGAGAACGAGAUGAUUGACUUUGACAAUUUCAUCUGCUGCUUGGUCAAGCUUGAAGCCAUGUUUAGGUAUUUCCAGCAAUUCGACAAGGAGGGAUCAGGAGAGGCUGAGAUGAACAUCAGCGAGUGGCUUUACCUGACAAUGUGUGGUUGAAGAGUACUGGAGGAGGUUGUAGAACAAAGUGCUUGCCUGCAGAUUGCCAUGAACCUGGAGAACUAAAGACCCCUCCGCUUUAGCAACCUGUUGAUCCUUUAACACAUCCCACCUCAGUGUACGUGAAGUAGUACAAUAGCCGUAUUAACGGGAAACCAAAGUCCAACCAAGCCAAGUGUCUCCCGGCCCAAAUUUUGAGCAACUAUGCAAACCCACAUUAUUAAGCAUUCACUGUGCCACAUAGAUCUGUCAUUUCUGUAAAAAACAGCAUGAGUCUGUGCAUGACAAAAAUCACUCGCAGUAAUGUGCAUUGUAUGUUGAUUUCUACAUUUUAGUCUGCCUACCACAAAAUGCUGGUUCGUUAAAGAACACAAAACAUAAAGGAAGACAUGUGAAGAAGUCUGGUACUGUAACGCUUUAAGCGGUCUUAUAGUUUCUCUUAAUCAUUCUGCACUUGUUUCCAUUUUGAUGAUCACCUCAGUAUUAAUUUGGUAGUUUCAUUCUUAAACCUGUAGAUGGCAGUACAGACCUGAUCUAAUGUCAAUGUGUUUUUUUUUGGCAUUUGAAAUCAAGUUUAGCCUGUUUUAUAUAUUACACAAAUAUUUGUAUUUAAAUGAAGUUAAGCAGCUGACCUUUGUUUCAUUUUACUUUAUUUUUUAUUAAACACUGAGAUUUUGGUUUAAGGAAGCUGAAGUCACAUUAGGGAGAAAUGCUGUAUUUCAGUCCAUUCAAGUAACAUUUACAGGGAUCACAAUAUUAAAUGCCUUAUACAUGACACCAUGAUGUUAUAAAUAGCUAUUAAAAUAUGCCAGUCAUGUGUUUUGUGUUGUGAAUGUGUAUGUUGUGCCUUCAAUAAAUAUUUCCUUAACAGUU